AUGUCUGAUAAAGAUACCUCCCCGACUCCCUCACCUGCCCCUCCUCUACCCACCGGACCCCCUCCCAAGGUGACGAACCGCGGCCGCUCCGCAGGUCCCACCGCCAGCUCCAACUCUGACUCCACGGACAUCCCCGAUUUCGAGUUCUAUGGUGCACCGCACCCGAGAGGAGUUCCCCCUCUGACUGAGUUUCUCGACAUCAGUGGCGUGGACAUGAUGCGGAGGCCCGACGAGAGCAACAAGGUGGAACACCACACCAUGUAUUACAACUCCGACAAUCUCAUCGUCCGCAGAGCGCAAGAGUUCCAGGUCAAGAUCACCUUCGACCGUCCCUACGAUUCUGCGCGAGACAAGAUUGCUUUGGAGUUUGUCAUCGGCUCCAGCCCCCAGUACAGCAAGGGCACCUACAUCCCUGUCUUCGCCACGAAGGAGCGUCAGAGCUCCUGGGCGGGCCGCAUCACACACACAUCGGGCAACGAGAUCACCAUGGGCAUCACUCCUGCGGCGAACUGCAUUGUGGGGAAGUACCACAUGUACGUUGCCGUGGCGACUACUUACGGCAUCCGCAGGACCAGGAAGGAGAAAAGCCGAGACCUCUACAUCCUCUUCAACCCCUGGGCCUCGGAUGACGCCGUGUUUCUGGAUGAUGAGAGAGAGAGGGAGGAGUGUGUGAUGACCGAGAUGGGGAUCAUCUACCACGGCGCCUACGACGACAUCGCUGAGAGAGACUGGAACUACGGACAGUUUAACUAUGGAGUCCUGGAUGCCUGUCUGUACAUCAUGGACAGGUCUGAGAUGCCCAUCACCAACAGAGGAGACCCCAUCAAGGUGACCAGAAAGGCCUCUGCUAUGAUGAACUCUCGGGAUGACGACGGCGUGCUGGUGGGGAACUGGAGCGGCGACUACACCUACGGAGUGGCGCCCACUUCCUGGACUGGCAGCACAGACAUCCUGCUCACCUACGCCAGCAGCAAGAUGCCCGUCUGCUACGCUCAGUGCUGGGUCUACGCCGCAGUCUUCAACACCUUCCUGCGUUGUCUGGGUAUCCCAUCCCGGGUCGUCACCAACUACUUCUCUGCCCAUGACAACGACGGGAACCUGAAGACUGACAUCAUCCUGGAGGAGGGUGGCAGGAUUGACCGCAAGCUCACCAAAGACUCUAUCUGGAACUAUCACUGCUGGAAUGAGUGCUACAUGACCAGGCCGGACCUCCCAGCUGGCUUUGGAGGCUGGCAGGUUGUGGAUGCAACACCACAGGAGACCAGCGACGGCAUGUACAGAUGUGGCCCUGCAUCAGUCCAGGCCAUCAAACAUGGGCAGAUAUGCUUCCCCUUUGAUGCCACCUUUGUGUUUGCUGAGGUCAACAGCGACGUGGUGUUUUAUUCCCGGAGAAAAGACGGGACCAUGGAGCCAGUCAAAGUGAACCGGACUCAUGUAGGCCGCAUGGUUCUGACCAAAACUCCGGGAGACCUGACCCGCCGUGACAUCACCGAUCAGUACAAGUUCUCUGAAGGCAGUACAGAGGAGCGGACCGUCCUGGAAAAAGCAGAUGAGUAUGGCUGCAAUCGAGAGAAGUCCAACCCUCCCCUGGCUGACGUGGACCUGGUCGUGCCCACCCUGGAGGUCAGCGUGGGAGACGACUUUGAGCUGAGCGUGGAGUUCAUCAACCGAAGCAACCAGCAGCGCACCGUGGACACCUACAUCAGCGGGAACAUGGUGUAUUACACCGGAGUCACCAGGUCUGAGUUCCUGUUCAGGGAUCCCACCGUGGAGAUCGACCCCAACCAAACUGUGAAGGAGUUGGUGGCAGUCAAGUCAUCAAGCUACAUGAGGCAUCUGGUGGAACAGGCCAACCUCAACUUCAUUAUCACCGGGAAGGUCCAGGAGACCGGCCAGAUCAUCUCCACCAUGAAAAUCGUCGCCCUACGCAACCCCAAAAUCCUUGUUGAGGUGUCCGGUGGAGGCAGAGUGAACGAAGAGAUGAUGGCGAGUGUGCAGUUCACAAACCCCUUCACCUUCAGCCUGGAGAGCGUCUACAUUCGCAUGGAAGGACCUGGGAUCAUGGCGCCCAAGUCCAAAUACUACAGGAUGAUCCCAGGAGGCUCCUCUCUGACCUGGACCGAGUUUUUCACCCCGCAGAGGGUCGGUACCACCAGGAUGAUCGCUACUCUGGACUGUCCUGAUCUCAGGCAGGUGUACGGCCAGGCAACCGUCACCAUCAAGCCCUGAGGAUCACCACGGGAUCGCGGAUGCUCUACUUCAUUUAACUCAGUUACACUUCAGCACAAAUAUAGGCCUAUAACAUAGUUAUGUAGCUGUAGGUUUACAACAGGUAUAGCUUCAGCACUUAUAACAACGGUUAUAGUUUUAACAUACUCUGCAGAGGUAGUAGUCAUAACAAUUGCAUGUGCCUUAAGAUCUUUCCAAAAAACAAAAAAAGAUUUUCGUAACCUAUUACACACAAGAAAGCUAUGAGAUUUUUUUACAAUCAAGAAAGAACAGUUUCACAAACAGUGUUAUCUCACAUUGUUUUUUGUUCCAAAAAUCGUAAGUAUUUUUAGCUCCAAAGUAUACAAAUACACAAGUAUCUCUAUUUUCAAGCUGCAGUAAUGGAUUUCCAGCCACUAGGGGGCAGUAUUACUCUGAAAAAAGUCCAGCAGACACAGAGCAACAUUACCACUGGAUUUCUUUUGUUUUCUUGAUGAAUUUUAGCCCAAUAUUGACUUACCUUAUCUUUUCCACUAAGUUUAAAAAUAAAAAUAUCUGGCUCUUCAGCUGAUGGAUGAUUGAUUAUGUUUUCUCUCUCCGUCUGCCAUUAAGGCACUGGGCAGGCAGCUUUAUCAGAGCCGGGUUUUCAAAUAAAGGCUUUCUGACACUGCUAGAAACAUGGUUGAUAAGGCCAGUGACAUAGAACUAAACAGUAAAUGUGCCAUAAAAUCAAAACAAUGAGCUAAAAGAUGCUAAAAAGCUCAGAUGAGCUUCAGAGUUGGGUGAUAAUUCUCUGUGAUUAUGAGCGAUCCAUUUGAUCUUUCAAUUAAUGUACCAAAUAGUGAUUUUUGCAGCUUUAACUUUAACAAUUGAACACUUUUCAAAAUUUACCCCCACUUUUCACAUCGAUUAAAUUCAGAUAUCAACAUGUCUACUCGAGUAAAGUCUUCCUCUUCAUAUGAAGCUAUAAAAUCAGUCUCUUCUCUUCUUCUUCUCUGUACAAGAACGAACACAAAUAUCAACCAAAUAAAAGAUUAACAACAGCA